AUGCCUUUGGUUCCGACGAGAAAGGCCAGUCCUGCAACGGAACGGCUGGCGAGCGUAUCAAGACGGGAAAAAGACGAUGUUCGACAUUGUUUACGAACCUGUGUUGUGAAGAAUUUUGGGCCUGAGAAGAUUAUGCAGCUGUCGUCAGGUCAGCAGCGUUCGAUUGCGCCGAACGAGAAGGGUACCGUUCACGUUUGGGGCUACAACGGCUGCUGUCGUCUUGGUCAGGGCAAUCAGGUCGAUGCGCUCCGACCCAAGAAGACGCCGCAUUUUACUGGAGACAAUGCAGGCGUGCUGGUCAUUGCCGAUAAGGGUGGAAUGUACUGGAUGACGGGCCAGUGGAACAACUUCGGAUACGAGUAG